AUGGGAUUCAAAUUCGCCUUUUUAGGCGACCUUCUAUCGAGCCUUGAAGCCAACCGAACGGCCAAGGCGGCUUCGGCGAAUAGGAAGGAUGAACCGGACUACCGGACCAUUGCACAAUGGUUUAAUCGACAUGAUCGUCAUAUCAACCACCCGGAAACAGACAGGCUGGCACUGCUAUCAUCCAUGUUCCCUGAGAGACGACCAGACCGAGUAUAUUGGCUCCAAGCCACCUCACUCACCCGCGUUAUCGGCCGCUGCUUGGGCUUAGGGUCUUCACGAAUAUCAGAACUAGAUCAAUGGCGAAAGCCUGGAGGUCCAGACUUGGGUCAAUGUGUUGAAAAUGUGAUGCGUCAAGCCGAAAAUGAUCAGCAUGACCGCGAGGUCUCAGUUGAGGAGGUUGACGAAGCUCUCAACAUGAUUGCUUCGAGGUGCCGCUUUUCCGGUCCCCAGGUUCGUCGUCAACAUACUGCGGUAGACGUAGAUACAGUUCUUUCAUCUCUGUAUCGUCGAUUGACCAGCCGCGAUGCGAAAUGGCUCACUCGUAUGAUCUUGAAGAGCUACGGUUCCGUUACGCUCCCGGAGAACUAUACAUUGGAGAGGUUUCAUUUCCUCCUUCCUCAACUCCUGCAAUUUCAGAACACUUUUAAAGGAGCCCUAGAAAUGCUUAGCUCCGAGCCGAUGAACCACUUCCCACCCCGUCCAGAUCGAAAACUGGCUGCUAGUCUCUGUGCCACUGCACUGGACCAUAUACGCCCACGGACAGGAAUCAAAGUUGGAAGACCUGAUUACUUCAAAGCACGAAGCAUCAAACAUUGUCUUCAGAUCUCAGGUCGCCGCCGUAUGAGCAUUGAAAGGAAAUAUGAUGGCGAAUACUGCCAAAUCCAUAUUGAUUUUGCAAACAAGCAUACUCCAAUUCAGAUUUUCUCUAAGAGCGGCAAAGACUCUACGUCAGAUCGGUCAGGGAUCAUGUCAACUGUGGAGGAGUCGCUGCACAUAGGCAGUCCUCAAUGCAAAUUCACGCAACGUUGCAUACUCGAAGGAGAGUUACUCGUCUGGAGCGACAAACGCGGUGAGAUUGCAGAUUUUCAUAAGCUCCGCAAGUUUCUAUCGCGGUCUGGUACUUUGAUUGGUAUCGACAGCGAUUCUCCACCCCAGCCAUAUGAGCAUUUGAUGAUUGUCUUUUAUGACAUACUCCUCUUAGAUGACGAUGUCUGCUUGAGAAAGCCCCAUCGUGAAAGACGGUUAAUCCUGGAAAACAUGGUUCAUACAAUCCAUGGUCGAUCUGCGAUUGCUGAACAAGAAAUUUUGGACCUUGACCAGCCAGAGAGCUACCGUUGGUUAGAGGCCAGAUUUUCAAAUGCAAUAACCCGGCGGUGGGAAGGACUUGUGUUGAAGGCCUGUGACGAGCCCUAUUUCUCCAUGUGUCCUGCUGGUGUGAAUAAUUCCUCCGGUCGGUGGAUCAAACUAAAGAAAGACUACAUUCCAGGCCUUGGGGAUACAGUCGACCUUGUUUUGAUUGGUGGAUUCUAUGAAGCCACGGAUGCUGCAGCUCUUCGAUUUCCUAAAAGACUAAGUUGGACAAACUUCUUGGUUGCUUGUCUCUUGAACAAAGAAGAUGUCCUCCAGUCCAGAGAACUUCCUCGAUUCCGAGUCAUAGACGUGGUUGGUCGUCAUUGCAUGCAUCGUAAUUUAAUGGAAUCCCUCAAUCAAUUCGGAGAAUUCUGCGCGCGAGAUCCGGAAGAUUUCCACGAUUUCAAAAUUGACUAUGGACACGACAGUCUCCCUAAAGUGACCAAAAUCUUCAAGAAACCAUUCGUGGUGGAGUUGAUGGGCAGCGGCUUCGAAAAGCCUUCUGGUGCCAGGUACUACACGCUUCGCUUUCCGCGUAUUAUCAAAAUUCAUACGGACAGAGGCUUCGAAGAUGCGGCAUCUUUCCGAGAACUACAGAUUUUAGCUGAAGAAACCAGGUCUGUGCCUACCGCAGACUCAUUCGAGGAGAGAGAACAUUGGUGCAAACGCCUCAAGGUUGGCAGUGGGCUUAACGAGUAUAUUGUGCAGAGAUCAAAAAGCCCACCUUCCCGGAGUUCGAGCAUUGAGGCAGAUUUUCCAGAACCUCAAACCCCAGUCCAAACAGGGAAUGAUGAGGUGCUUUGUCUUGCUUCGCUGCCAAGUUCCCCUAUACAUCAGCCUUCGUCCCGGAGCACGAGCAAUCAACGAUCGAGUAAUUUCGAGAGUCAUCAUGCUUUGUAUAUCGACGAGACACUGCUGCCGAUUGACCUCGAAAAUUCCCUUCCCGAAGCCAAUGUCUUGACCGAAAAUAAUAAUUUGUCCCAGCGACAAAAGUCCAGCCAAAAAGAUACCCAUUAUGUUGAGAAUCCGGCUAAAAUAACGAAUUAUCUCGAAGGAAGGAUGAACGGUCCAGCAGCAACUAGCCUGAUCUCCAUUUAUGAGGAAGUCCCAGUCCAACACAAAACACUCGGAGCAACCCCUAUCAAAUCACCUUUAACCACAAUUCCAAUCUACAUGUCAAGUAAAUCAAAAGAAAAGAUCUGGGAAAUUCCCGGAGAUGCCCCUCUUCAUGAUUUCUUGACAUUUAUAGGGUCGGACAAGACAAUGACUGCAUUGUCUGAGUCUAACCCCUCCGCCGCUUCCAAGGGCAUGGCAUUCGGUAUUGUUCUUGUGAACAUAGCCGAGAGAUCACUAGGCAGAGAGAUCCACAGAGCAGCUACGGCUGUGUCUCUUGCUACCAAACAAUCAUCAUGUCCUCCCAAAGGAAUGAUUUUCUUUUUGGACUCUCAUUUUCUGGAACAGGAUAUCUGCUCUGAGGAUAUCAAGUAUUGUUUACGGAAUACCUGGGCUGAACUUGGGAAGCUGUUUUACUAUGCUUGUCUUCGAUGGGAUGUGUCUCAGACUCCGCCGACACAAUUGAACCGACUUGCAUCUGGUGACGCUCCUGAUUCCGCUGAGGUGCAAUAUAGGAAAGUCCCGGCUCCUCUGGUCAGCUUUGAUCAAGAUGAGAUCUUGGCGUUAGGAGAUUAUGUAUCUAUCAAACCGCCAUUGCUUUUCGCUGGGUAG